AUGCCAGCAGUACCUGGAACGUCCAGAUCAAACGAACGGCAGCUAACCCUGAAGGAAACAUCAGAAAGGAAAUUGCUGUGGGGCAUUAAUGAUUCGAAAUCAAUAAAAUAUUAUUACUUGAUUGGCGAAAUGAUUGCUUUAGACAACGAACCAUUGUCACUUGUUGAACGAGUUGGAUUUCAGAGGCUUAUGGCAAACGCUUUGCCCCAUUAUAAAGUACCUGGUCGCACUUACAUGACCGAGAAAAUUGUUCCUGAUAUAUACAACAGAAUUUGUGCUAAAAUAGAAGCCAGUAUUUCACAGGCAGCAGCAUUAUCAGUGACAUCUGAUAUAUGGGCAUGCCAGCACAAUAACGAGAGCUUUCUGAGCUUCACUGCGCACUGGAUAUCUCCAGAGUUCAUUCUGGAACAUAGCGUUUUAGCUAUGAAAUCAUUUCCCGGCUCCCAUUCUGGUAUCAAUAUUGCAAAAGAACUCAAUGCUAUUAUAGAAAGAUGGAAUAUUCCUCAAUCCAAGAUCCAUUUACUUGUCCAUGAUAGUGGCUCUAAUAUGAUCAAAGGUGUGCAAGAUUCAGGAUAUGAUUCAGGCAGGUGCUUUAUUCAUUCACUGCAACGAGCUAUAGAGGAGUCGCUAAAAUCUCAACCAGAAGUACUACAGAUGAUAGCUGCUACGAGACGAAUUGUUACCCAUUUUAAUCAUUCUGGCUUAGCAGAGCAGAAACUUAAAUCCAUUCAACAAGAACUUAACUUGCCAAAUCACCAACUAGUACAAGAUGUAAGAACACGCUGGAAUUCUACGUAUUAUUUAAUGGAGCGAUUAUUAGAACAAAAGCGAGCUAUCUCCUUGUACAUAACAGAUCAUGAAAAUUUAAUAAAUCUGACGCAUGCUCAAUGGGAACUAUUGGAACAAUGUAUCAAACUCCUCAAACCAUUUGAAGAGAUUACAAAAAUAACCAGCUCAGGUAUCUCAUGCAUCUCUGAAGUGAUACCACAUGCAGUAACAUUAUUAAAAUAUCUGGGAAAAGCAGAAACAGCUGAGAAAGUACCAAAUUUAGUAACAAUGAGAUCUUCACUGCAUGCCGAGCUUGAAAGGCGAUUCAGCUUCGAUGGAAAAAACAAAUAUCUGGUAGCUACUUUUCUGGAUCCUCGCUUCAAAACGAGUUUCCUAGGAUUAGUUCAAGCAGAAAAAGCAAGACAAAAAAUUCUUCUAGAAGCUCUGAAAAUAAGUUGUGAUGAAUCUAGUAGUACCGAUGACGAUUCUUCUCCAAUUCGUAAAAAAAGAAACUUGAAUGAAAAUGAUAGAACUAUGGAAAUACACGACAGUUUCUGGAACUGCUUUGAGGAAGUCGCUACAGAUAAUAUGCGAAAUGCUAAUAAUGAGGAGGACGUGGAGCGGAAUACUGUGGCAAACGAGUUGGAUUUUUAUUUGAAAACAGGUCGCCUAGAUCGGAAGGCCAAUCCUUACAAGUGGUGGUUAGCAAAUGAAAACCAAUACCCAAACCUUUCGAAAUUCGCUAAAGUUUAUCUUUCUUCUCCUGGAAGUAGCGUGUAUAGUGAGAGGUUAUUUUCUGAGGCUGGUAACAUUUACGAUGAAAAGCGUAAUCGUUUGCUACAAAAAAAUGCUGAAAAGCUUGUUUUUAUCCAUCACAACUUACCACUGAUCAAUUUUAAAUACUAA